CUAUAAAUAAACGGAAACCAACCCAAACAAAACAAAUGCCAGACCAGGUCAACAAAAUACUUCUAGACGCCUUAGAGAAUGAGCCGAACGACAGACUUGAUCUUAGCAGUAUCGAGGAACGUAUUUGCGACUUUUUGCAGGAAGUUUCUAAACGCAGAGUUCAGCCUUACAGUAAGAAAUCCAAGGAAACGUUUUAGCUAAAAGAAACAAUUGAAUAUUAGAGAAAUUCUAUGUGAGAUAGAAGAAUGAGGUGAUAUUGUUUCCCGCCUACCUCUUUAUAUGCGUGUUUGUCUGUAUAUCUGCUACUUAAACGUAAACAUAAUGAUUGAACUAUAUUGAAUAUAUGAUUCAUACCUAAACUGAAUAUUUAGGGUAAAAACUAUUCAUAAAAAUCAGCGUCAAUUUGUCACAAAUGUUCCUGGCUAAAGUUGGAGGUAGGGCGUUUUUCAAAUAUACUUUUUGUUUGAUACUUGCCUAUUGCUUUUAAUACCUAUAUCAGAAAUAUACAAUCGAAUGCAAGAUGUAUGGGGGUCAAAGAGUAUACCAGCAAUGGGUAGUCUACAAAGUAAGGAUCCUGAACACAUUGAGAGGGGUACACCCAAAGAACUGAUUGAAUUAAGGAAGGCUAAAGAAGGUCCUUAUACAAUGUAUGACAGUUACCAAGAUAUUUGUAAUCAACAAAACAGCAGAAGAAUGGUAGUUGUUACACCAGACGACAUUAAAAGCGAAUUCAGAGUGGAGAGGGUCCUCAAUGUACAGAUGGCUAGACUCGAGGUCUCGGAGCAGUUGUUCCCUGAGUGGAAAGACGAAUUAUCUCUCUUAAAUAAGGAGGCUCUGUGUAUUGUUUCAGACAUGUGGCCUCUUAAGGCUAGAUUACAGGAGGGCAAGCUGACAAUGAAUUACCAAUGCUUGCCUGGGGAGUCGUUAUUUGACAUUGCUACUGAUGCACUCUAUGGUGACCACAUAGAGGGUUACAUACCCAUUCUACACCAGUUAGCCUGUUUACUGAAAGCAUUCCAUGAUGCUAAAUGGAUGGUAAACUGCUUGCGUUCCAGAAAUGUUUAUGUCGUAGACGACAAAUUCCUCUCACGUAAAGAGAAUGAGCUAAAGGUAUUCAUUCCAAACAUUGGGAGAUUUGCUAGAAUGCAGAUGCACAAUAACUGUUUACUUGAAAGCACCAUUUUGGAAAGGGAUCCGGCACUGCAAUAUUGGCAAAGUCCUGAAGUGAUACAGAACAACAUGCACUCUCCAAAAAGUGACGUGUUUUCAUACGCAAGACUGGUUUCGGAAGUCAGUGGAAUCCUUCAUUAUUCAAGAAAGAUAAAGCGACGUACGAACCGAAUCAAGAAGAUUGAACGUUAUUCAGUUCCAUGUGGAAAUAUGAGAAAGAGUGAGAUUCUUCCACACAUCUACAGUGACAAAGGGCCUCCAGAAUAUGAUACCGCUACCAAAAGAAUAUACGACGAAGUUAUUGUACGUGGUGUUAAUUCAGAAAAGCAUCACAGACCGUCUAUGGCAGAUCUUAUCGAUACGUGGGAAGACAUUGCCAAACAAUCAAGAUUAAAGCUGUCGAGACCAAACAUACAGCUAGUGAAACGAACCUAAUUUGAGGGAGGCACACUCUACAUCAAACCUUAGAAACAGCAGUACAGCCAUUCAAACACGUCACAGCUCUGGAAUAGAAUCCAGUGUAUCUGACGUAAACAGCUCAAGACGUCAAACCGAAGGGUCGUCAUAUGCUGAAGAUCAGAAACGAACACGAAACUGAUUCACAACUAAUGUUUUAAAAUUGAUUACUUGUCUACAUUAAAAAGUCAAAUAUUACCUAAUAUGAAGUAAUGUCACUUGUUGCAUAGUUAAUUAAUUUAAAUUUUUUGUUUCUUGCAGCUUUAAAACACGCUCAUGGCAAUUGACAAUAUUAAACUUUACAUCAUCCAUUCAUGUAUAUACUUGCAAUGACGAAAGGGACCCGCCUAUAGGCGAAAAAACUGUAGUGACCAGCCUGUGCCUUUAUCCGAGCAUUGAUAGUUUUCCGACCUUUUUGUCUAUCCCUGCAGCUAUUGAUUUGAAAAUUUAUACCUGUAUUUAUUUAUCAAUAGAUUACAGAUCACAAUCUUUUCCUAUUUUUGAAAGAGUUACGCUUGAACUUUAGAAUUCAGGGAUUUGAAAAUUUUCCAGGCUUUGUAGUCUGUUCCUGCAGCUAUUGAUUUAAAAAUUCAUAUACAUGAACUUAUAUCCAAUGAGUUACAGCUUAUGUAUAAGUUAGGGAUUUGUUCAUCUUUCUUGAAAGAGUUUAUUAGCAAUUAAUGCCACAAAGCGGGACCUUUAUGAAAUGCUUGCCAUCACAAUGAUAUCUUGUUUAAGACUCAAAUCAAAUUCACGUGUUGUCCUAAAUUCUGUAUAAACUAACAUCUUGUAGCUGUCUGUGUUUGAUACUGUUACAUUCUUAAUACCCCCUUACAAACGAAGUAUAGGGAGAUAUACUGAGCUAGAAUAAGCUUGUCCGUCCGUUGACAUACUUUUGUCCAGAGAGUAUCAUUAACACCGAUAAAUAGAUUUUAUUAAAAACUAUAUCUUUUAUGAAAAAUGAAGUUGGCCACCUGCUAUUUUGACUGAGAUUUUAAUACAUUCAAGGACGUUAUGGAUAUUUUUUUCCAUUUUGAGGGGGUGUAGUCAUUGUCCAGAGUACAUGUAUAUCUUAAAAUUUUAUUUAAACUUUGUGUAUAUAUUAAGUAUGUAAUGAAGUUUUGCGCCUGGUAUUUUGAUUGGAAUUCUUUAACAUUCAAGAAAGUUAUGAUUAUUUUCAUUUUACAUGUGUUUUUUAACUUAUGAACUUUUCUUUUAGAUUUUUUAACGAUCUGUUCUCUCACAGAGACUACUGUAUUAGUUUAGAAGGUAUAAUGGAGUCAUCAUUCGCUGUCUGUCCAUCUGUCUGUGAAUGUUAUUUUUAAAUAAAGGAAAAGACACUGGC